UAAAUUUUUUUGUUUUAUCAAUUUGAAAAAUGAAAUAAAUAUUAUUACUUGUUUUGAUAUAUGUAGGCAUGAUAAAAAAUUAUGUGAAGCUGCCAAAGGUUCUUGGUUUCUUUCUUCUCCAACUAGUACUUUUCAUGUACCUCCAACAGUUCUUGAUACUCAACAAUUUCAAGUUUCUCUUCAAUUCAUUAAAGAUCAUAAUAAUGGAGAUCCAAUUCCAAGAGUUGUUAAAGAAUGCAUUCUUUACUUAAGCAGUGAUAGUGCUUUGGAAACUGAAGGAAUAUUCAGACGGUCUGCAAGUACUAAAGUUGUGAAUGAAGUGCAAGCACUUUUUAAUGAAGGAAAACCUGUUAACUUUGAAGAUUACAGUGACAUUCAUGUUCCAGCUGUGAUACUGAAGUCAUUUCUCAGAGAAUUGGAAGAACCAUUGUUGACAUUUGAUUUAUAUGAAGAUGUAAUGACAUUUCAAGAGCUGGAUACAAUUGAAAAAUUACCAGUUGCUCGAUCACUUAUUCUAAACAGUUUGCCAGAAGAUAAUUAUGAAUUAUUAAGAUUUAUAGUAGAAUUUCUUGUAAAAGUGAUGGAUUGCAGUGACCUUAAUAAGAUGACAGCUUCCAAUUUGGCCAUUGUAUUUGCUCCAAAUCUUUUAUGGUCACAAAACCAGCAGGCUUCUCUAUCUUCCAUAUCUCAUAUAAAUCAUUUUACAGAAUUUCUACUGAAACAUCACAAUUUGAUAUUUAUAAAGUAAAUCUUUUGGGAACAAGUAAAUAAUUCAUACUGACUAUUUAUUAAUGAUAAUUAACCUGACCCAAACAGAUUCAGAUUGAACCUAGUGGUUCUGCAUAUUCUCUAAAAUUUUACAUUUGAAUAAUUAAAGUAAAACAAAUUUCUAUUAAUUGUAAAAGGACCAGUGACAAACUCAAAGAUUGCACUGUACAUAUCAUGUCCGUGUUCUAACUGCACUUGCAUGUUUGUAUGAAAAUGUAUUGUAAAGCAUAUGAUUUAUAUAAUGGAAAAUUUUUAUAUACUGUAAAUAACAAAGUUUUGUCUAUUAAACUAUAAAUAUUUCAAAAACUUAUCAGAGGUGUACAGUAUCGCAAAACAUGAUUAUUUUAGGAAUUAAACACUUCGGAAUAUAUCUGCAAUCCAGAUUGCUGGCCUAGUAUACGAAAAAUGUAAUUUGUUUUCUAUUAGUUAAAUGAGAUUUUUAAAUCUCUAAUAACUAAUAUUUGUUAACUUUUUUAGGGAGAGGGGAAUAAAUUUUUAAAAUGGUUGAUUGGUUGUUAUUUACAGUAUAUGCAAAUCAGGGAUAUUGCUCAUAAUGGCCAAUCUAAAAUAUUGAAUUUUCAAAUUACUUUAUAUCAAAUGAAUUUCUUAAAAAAUAACAAAAAAAAACAAUCUUUGAUCUCCUUAUUUCUGGAAGACAGAACUAGUAUAUGAUUUCAUAGCAUUAAUUUGCUAUAAAAUUAAAAUACUAAAAUAUAAAAUUAAAAAUUUGAUAUAAUUAGCUGCACUUAGCUGAAGACUUCUGCACCAUGGUUACUUCAGAUCAAUUGGAAGUAUUUUACUUUGAACUUUGCUUUAUCAAGGUACAUACUGCAAUAUUUUUUUUUGUGGUGUAUGCAGCACAAGUUUGUUUAUAUGGAAAAUCUACCUUUAUGCAAAGAAAUUUACCAUUUUGCUUAUUUCAUUUUACCUAUUAUGGUUUUUCCUUCUCUAUAUAAGAGUAUGAUGGCUAAAUAUUUAUUACUUGGUGCUACAAGAUAUAUCUACUAUAAUUUUCAUUUUUAUAUACAUAUAUAUUUUUUUUAACCACAAAAACAGUAGUAAUAA